GGAAAGCCUGGCGAGAUGGCGAGAUGGCGAGGCGGAGGAGCUGGCGAUGAAGGCGGUGGUGGAGGAGAGCAGCCACCAGCUUCGGCGGCGGAAGGCGGAAGAGGAGGACGGCGGAGGCGGUGUCGAUAGAGAGCGGUUCGACGGGAAGCGGGUGCCGACGUGGCGGGAGCACCUGACGGUGCGCGCCUUCGCGGUGAGCGGACUCCUCGGGGCGAUGAUAUGCAUCAUCAUCAUGAAGCUUAAUCUCACCACUGGUACCAUCCCCUCCCUCAACGUCUCCGCCGGCUUGUUAGGGUUCUUCUUCGCGUGAAGACGUGGGCCAACGUUCUGGAGCUGGCCUGUAUUCUUAAGCAACAGCUCACCGCCGGGAGAAUACGGCCAUCCAGUCCUGCGUCGUCGCCACCUCCGUCGUCUCCUCCAGCGGAAAUAUAAAAGGAAAAAAAUCCGGAUGCUUUGUUUCCAAAACAACCGUCUUGGCUUUAAAGAUAUGGAUGCUUAGAUUCCAAGCCAAGACAUAAUAAAACGCACUUGGAGCAAAGAUCUGGAUCCUGCUACAAAAAGCCCAAGCUAAUCUCCAACGCAAUGGGACCGAUCCAAAAGCUAAGGAAAGCGUUACGAGGUUGUUGUUCGUGUUCGCAAGCCAUGUCGCCCAUCGGUGUGAGGCUUGUUGUUCAAGAUCGACAUGUGAUCAUAGAUAAUGGCAUUCUGCAGUUGACGCUGUCAAAUCCUGAUGGGAUCGUAACGGGAGUUCGAUAUAAUGGUGUUGAUAAUCUGCUGGAAGUUCUUAAUAAAGAAGAUAACAGAGGGUAUUGGGAUCUUGUCUGGAAUGAUACUGAAACCUCUGGUAUAUUUGAUGUGAUAAAAGGAACAGAUUUUAGAAUACUAUGUCAGAAUGAAGAGCAAGUAGAAGUUUCAUUCACAAGAUCAUGGGCUCCGUCCCUCAAAGGCACACUUGUCCCCUUAAACAUAGACAAAAGGUUUGUGGUGCUCCGUGGCUGCUCAGGAUUCUACACCUAUGCAAUCUAUGAACACCUAGAAGGAUGGCCUGACUUCGAUAUAGGGGAAACCCGGAUUGCUUUCAAGCUUAGGAAAGACAAGUUUCACUACAUGGCAAUAUCAGACAAUAGGCAGAGAAUCAUGCCCAUGCCUGAUGAUCGCAUGCCUGGAAGAUGUCAGCAAUUAGCAUACCCUGAGGCUGUCCUCCUCAUUAAUCCAAUUAAUCCAGACCUCAAAGGAGAGGUGGAUGACAAGUAUCAAUACUCCUGUGAAGAUCAAGACAUCAAGGUCCAUGGAUGGAUAAGUUUUGAUCCUCCAAUUGGCUUUUGGCAGAUCACACCCAGUGAUGAGUUCCGAGCAGGAGGGCCUGUUAAGCAGAAUCUAACCUCUCAUGUUGGUCCUACCGCCCUUUCUGUAUUUGUCAGUGCUCACUAUGCCGGGCAAGAUGUUGUGCCUAAAUUCAGGAAUGGAGAAUACUGGAAAAAAGUUUUUGGCCCUGUGUUUAUUUACCUUAAUUCCGCUUGGGAUGAGAGCGAUCCAAAAAUGCUAUGGGAGGAUGCAAAAAUUCAGAUGCAGAGCGAAGUAGAGAGUUGGCCUUAUAACUUUCCAGUUUCAGAGGACUUCCAAAAGUGCUUGCAAAGAGGGUCUGUUAGUGGUAAAUUACUAGUCCGAGAUAGGUAUAUAGAUAGUGAUGACAUAUAUGCAAAUGAUGCUUAUGUUGGUUUGGCUUUACCAGGAGAAGCAGGAUCAUGGCAAAGAGAACUCAAGGGAUACCAAUUUUGGACCAGAGCAGAUGCGAAUGGGAGUUUCACAAUUACAAAUGUUCGAACUGGAGAUUAUAAUCUUUAUGCAUGGGUUCCUGGCUUUAUUGGGGAUUACAAAUAUGAUGCAACUAUAACAAUCACCUCAGGAAAUAAUAUUGAUUUGGGUGACCUUGUUUUUGAACCCCCAAGAGAUGGUGACACCUUAUGGGAAAUAGGCAUCCCUGACCGUUCUGCUGCUGAAUUCUAUAUUCCAGAUCCAAAUCCUAACUAUGUGAACAGACUCUACAUCAGUGAUCCAGCUGAUAGAUUUAGGCAAUAUGGCCUAUGGGAGAGAUAUGCAGAUUUAUAUCCAGACAGUGAUCUUGUCUAUACAGUUGGUGACAGCGACUAUAAGAAAGAUUGGUUCUUUGCUCAGGUUACCAGGAAGACUGAUCAGAACUCGUAUCAGCCAACCACAUGGCAGAUUAAGUUUCAUCUUGACAGUGUUGAUCAAUCUGGAAGUUACAAGCUUCGAGUGGCACUUGCAUCUGUUACACUUUCUGAACUACAAGUUCGUUUCAACGACUCGAAAGCAAAUCCUGCUCACUUUGCAACAGGGCUGAUUGGUAGGGACAAUGCAAUUGCGAGACAUGGAAUCCAUGGAUUAUAUUGGUUGUAUAAUAUCGAUGUACGAAGUACUUGGCUUGUUCAAGGUGAUAACACCAUAUUUCUCACACAGCCUAGGAGCCAGGGUCCUUUCCAGGGAAUUAUGUACGACUACAUCCGCAUGGAAGGACCUUCGGACUCUUAAAUAGAAAGAACUGAUCUUCUUAUUUGUAGCAUCGGACAAUUGCUAAUAUGGUAUUCAUGCUAUGAAGGAUCGUGAAA